CAAUAUCCAUCAACAAAUACAACUGAGAUAUCAAGUCCCCUCGAGAAAUCUAUCAGAAAAUGAAGCUUUCUUGUGGUACAAGAUUCACGUUCUUGGUUCUCUUUCUAUUCGCAGCACAAUCUGUUGCUGUGUAUGCUGGUAGCUUCCAUAAAGAUGUUCAGAUACAUUGGGGUGAUGGCCGUGGAAAGGUUCGUGACAGAGAUGGAAAGCUUCUCUCUCUCUCGCUUGACAAAUCCUCUGGUUCGGGUUUUCAGUCCAAUCAGGAGUUUCUCUAUGGUAAAGCUGAGGUUCAAAUGAAACUUGUCCCUGGUAACUCUGCUGGAACAGUCACAACAUUCUAUCUUAAAUCACCGGGAACUACAUGGGAUGAGAUCGAUUUCGAGUUCUUGGGAAACAUAAGUGGCCAUCCGUAUACUCUCCAUACUAAUGUUUACACACGAGGCUCUGGAGACAAAGAACAGCAGUUUCAUCUAUGGUUCGACCCAACAAAGAACUUUCACACUUACUGCAUCACAUGGAAUCCCCAAAGGAUUAUUUUUACAGUUGAUGGCAUUCCUAUUAGAGAGUUUAAGAACUCCGAGUCAAUGGGAGUUCCAUUCCCAAAGAACCAACCAAUGAGGCUGUACGCGAGUCUUUGGGAAGCAGAGCAUUGGGCCACGAGGGGAGGAUUGGAGAAAACAGAUUGGUCAAAAGCUCCUUUCACUGCCUUUUACAGAAACUACAAUGUGGAAGGAUGUGUAUGGGCUAAUGGAAAAUCAUUUUGCCCCGCGAAUUCGCCAUGGUUCACUCAAAAAGUUGACCUGGAAGGCCAGAAAAAAAUGAAAUGGGCACAGAGUAAGUACAUGGUCUACAACUAUUGCACCGAUAAAACAAGGUUUCCUAAAGGUGUUCCUGCCGUGUGCACUUAAAUUAUUGAUUCUUGAAAUAAGUUACUUGGCAUUGCCUUUGUAAUUCGAAUGAGUUUUAUCUAUUGCUUUUAUUCAUUUGUUGCUCAUAUUAUGUGUACGUGGUGUUUGUAUAAGAUUUUUUUUUAAAAA